GUCCGAUUACAAGGUCCAUUCACAAUCCUUCACCAUUUUCAAACCUUCUUCACAUGGGUCCCAUCGACCGGACUCUGCCACGUUCUAGGCUCAACCCUUCUUACAUACGUGUCCGCCACCCAUAGCCACCCUCCUAUAAAACCAAACCAAACCAAACCACCCUCUCUCAUCUCUCAUAAAACCCUUCUUACCAUAUAUGGAUUCUAGGGCAGGAGACUGCUGUAUUGCACCCUAUUCCUCCGUCGACACCAUCAUGCGAAGAUUCCGACCAAUCGCUCCCAAACCCUCGACCACUUCCUCCGUAUCUAACAACACCCACGUCCCUAUUUCCACCACCAAUAUCAAAACUUGUCGGCGAGGAAAGAGAAAGGUAAAAAAGGUAACACUUCCUUUGUUACCGGAGAGGAACGAUUCUCCAUCCACAACCGGUUCAUCAGAUCUGAAUAGUAAUGAGAUCUGGUGGAACUUUGGAGGGUAUUAUCACGAUGACGUAAAACCGGCACCGCUUAUGCCGCCGCCGGCGGCGACGGUGACUUCCAUGGUGACGGUGGAAUGUGUGAUGGAGACAUGGGGAGACGUGUUGUAUGGAGUGGGGAGUACGGAUGAGGAGAAGAUGAUGAGGUUGGAGAUGGACGUGUGUCCUGGAUUUAUAUCGGACGGUGGAGAUAGAGUGGUGUGGAUAAAUGGGGCGUACAGAGAUAUGGUGGGACAGCAUGUAGAGGAUGAGGAGGUGAAAGUAUGGUUGGUUGUGAAUGAGAAGGUGGAAAUGUUAGAGUAUGGGAGGGUGUUUAGUUGUUGGGUGAGGAUGCAGUAUGCACGUGGGAAAGACAAGUGUUGUUCUCUUACUUUGCCUUGUGAUGUCUGGAAGAUGGAUUGUGGUGGGUAUGCUUGGCGGCUUGAUGUUAAUGCAGCUCUUAGUUUGGGUCGGUAGAUGUGACCGCACCAGAUCCACGCCGUGCUUCUCAGCCUAACUCUAGAAGUUUCUAACCAUCGUUUUAUUAUUAUUGUCUUUUUUUUUACCCUGGUCAAUCAGACUUGAGCAGUUGCACUUGUGAGCUGUCUGAUAAUUGUAAAUAUUUUGUCUUUUUUUUUUUUCUGCAUGUUUUUAU